AACAAAACCGGCCAUAUGGCCCAUUCUAACACUGCCGGCCCGUCCCGUCUUUCCCAAACCUUCAAAAACCUCUCCCUCUCAUUUUCUCUUCCCCACUCUCUCGUUCAUCAGCCAUUUUCCUCUUCUGCAAAGGGUGGCUCCACCUCCACCCCCGUCUUUUCCACCACCAUGCAACCAUGUGUUGAUGAUGUCUCCGACGAUAUCGACAACCUUAGCAUCAAUUCUACCACCACUUCUGCUACCACAACUACCACUACUACGACCACCACUACCAUUAGUACUCCCAAUGAAACUAAGUGCAGCACGAGUUCGAGUACUGAAACAACCACACGGACCGGCUCCAGCCAUGCCUCCUCCUCCGCCAAGCCUCACGCGCCAUCCCACGAUCCAUGUUGGACGGCAAUCCGUCGAGUGAAAUCCGAAAACCCCGCGACGUUGGGCCUCGAGGACCUCCGCUUCCUCCACCGCCUCGGCAGCGGCGACAUAGGCAGCGUGUUUCUGGUGGAGCUAAAGGGUAGCAACGGGUGCAUGUUCGCGGCCAAGGUGAUGGACAAGAAAGAGCUGGUCAACAGGAACAAGGACGAUAGGGCAAGAAUAGAGAGGGAAAUACUGGAAAUCUUGGACCAUCCUUUUCUGCCUAGGCUCUAUGCAACCUUGGACUCACCAAGGUGGUCUUGUUUGCUGACCGAGUUCUGUCCCGGCGGCGACCUCCAUGUUAUCCGUCAAAACCAACCGGAAAAAAGGUUCGACGAGGCAGCCGUACGGUUUUAUGCUUCAGAAGUUGUAGUUGCCCUAGAAUACCUGCACAUGAUGGGAAUUAUCUAUCGGGAUCUUAAACCUGAAAAUGUACUAGUGAGAUCGGACGGUCACAUAAUGCUAACGGAUUUUGAUCUCUCCCUUAAAGGUGACAGUUCCACAUCAACAGCUCAACUUGUUUCCGACCAAAACCCUCAAGUACAAAAUCCUACCAACGAAUACCAAAACGACCCUCCUCCGUUUGAUACCUCAUCAUGUAUUCUACCCAAUUGUAUUGCGCCAGCUGUAUCGUGCUUUCAUCCAAAACGCAAGCGCAAGAAGAGGUCAGAUCAUCGUGGGACCCUCGAGAUCGUGGCAGAACCAAUUGACGUCCGAUCAAUGUCAUUUGUGGGGACCCACGAGUACUUGGCGCCGGAGAUUGUUUCCGGGGAAGGACAUGGCAGUGCAGUAGAUUGGUGGACACUUGGGAUUUUCAUGUAUGAAAUGUUCUAUGGGGUUACACCCUUUAAGGGUAUUGGCCAUGAUUUGACCCUAACAAACAUAGUGGCAAGGGCCCUACAAUUUCCAAAGGAACCAACUGUACCUGGCUCGGCUAAGGACUUGAUUGUACAACUUUUAAUGAAGGACCCCACUAGGAGAAUGGGGUCUACAAUGGGUGCUGCGGCAAUUAAACACCAUCCAUUCUUUGAUGGGGUUAAUUGGGCAUUGCUAAGAUGUGCAAAGCCACCCUACAUUCCACGUCCGGUGACUCACCGGGAUUUUGUCCCGGCCGACAAGGGUACAGGCAAUUCAGUAGAGUAUUAUUAGAGAAGUGAGGAUGAAGGAAGCUUCAGUCAAGGUUGCUAGGUUUCAUACACUACAGACACACUAUUUGAUGCACAUGAAAUCAAAAGCCUUUAUAUAUAUAUAUAUGAAAAGCAUGCCUUGGAUACCAUGCCACAUUUUGAAAGCA